AAAAUCAGAAGUGGGCGUGUGGUGUGUAAUCUUAUCUGCAACGCUCUGAGUUCGGUGUUGAGGUCGAAAAUGUUGAGCCUCUCCGUUGCUUCUCCUUCUUCUUCCACCGUUUCCUUUCUCCCAAAACCUUUACCAUUCAAAUCCUCCUUCAAUGGCAAUCAGCUCCGUCACUCUGCCACCUGCUCCAUCCCCGCCACCAAACGCACCGUUUCGGUGGUGAUGAUGGCAAAAAGAGAAGUGGAAUUGAAGGCAAUCAGAGAGAUGACCACCGAGCAAAUCGAGGAAGAGGUUAUCGACCUUAAGGGUGAGCUUUUCAUGCUUCGCCUUCAGAAAUCCGCUCGUAACGAGUUCAAACCCAGUGACUUCGGUACUAUGCGCAAGAGGAUUGCUCGCAUGCUUACUGUGAAGCGGGAAAGAGAGAUCGAGGCGGGUAUUGGUAAGAGGUUGUCCAGAAAGCUUGAUAAAAAAUGGAAGAGAAGCAUUGUUGUAAGACCACCUCCAUCUCUAAAGAAGCUUCAGGAGGAAGAAGCAGCUGCAGAAGCUGCGGAAGCUGAAAAGGCUGCAUGAUCUAACACAUUAAUAUGCAAAUUAUAGAGUUAUGCGGUCAAAAUUAUCAUGUAGUCUUAAUUUUCUUGUCCUAGAGGAUGUUGUAUCAUGUAUGAUAUCUUGUUGGUUGCAAUCUACCUUUCGUCCUGCCAUGAAGGUUUUAUGCCUUGUAUUUUGUAAGAGACAUUGUUAUCAGAGAUUCAAAAUCACAAUUCACAGCCUUUAAAUGAGUUAA